AGGAGUUCUCUUCUUUAUUAAGGGAAAAUAUUCCUGAGAAUAUAAGCAAGAAGAUGCUGGAAUCUUGGGAAGAAAAUAUCUCGGGUAUACUGACCUGUUACGAGACGUAUACUCGUCAAGUAUGCGGUCAUUCCUUAACUGAGCUUGAGAAAAGGUGGGAAAAAUUCCAGUUUCAACUCAAAACAAAACCGGGUCAACCCCAUUACUGCGUACACUAUUAAGCAUGAAGAUGAGGGCAUACACAACAGACAGUGCUAAUACAGCUUCUAUCGGACUGUUAUUGAAUCGCUUGUAUCAAAAGAUUGAACGAACAACAACCCAAGAUCCGCAUCCAGGGUUGAUUAUUGCUACACAUCACUUCAAAAAGCCUUACCCUCUUGUUAACGAGAUUGACCUACUCAGUCUUGCUACCCUUGGUCUCUUAAUCCAGUUUGCUUACCCAUCUUUAUCUGGUUACGCUAAGUUGACUAUUUCCUUGACUAUGAUUCGAUCUUACGGAGAGGAGAUCUCAUUUACUACAGGUCCCGCUAUCCCCUUGACUUAUCAAGAUUGUGAGUUCAUUCCAAAGAAUGAGGUCUAUGCUCAAAUAUAUCGAAGUAUUCUGAAAUAUGCAGAAAUCUACGACGGGGAGAAUCUAGUUCGACUCAUGAUCCGAGUCUAUAUGGACGGCAAAAAGAUGUAUAGGCCUUCCCUAUCUUCUGAGGAGAGAGAUAGCACACUUUCUUCAAUCAUGAAAGCCGGAUUGAGUGAGAUCGAGCCAAUAACUGCAAGAGCAAUCCGAAAUCGUCAGCGUAGCUAUCCAAGGCAUAUCCAAGCACUCAAACCAUCUCGCACAGAGCUGAAACCAUUCCUAGUUGCCGAUACCGAGACUAUACUGAUCGAUAACGAACAUAAGCCUUAUGCAGUAGGUCUCUUGUUGGUUCGUCCUGGUAAAGAGAUCAAGAAUCGAUUGAUCGAUACUUACUUCAGCGAAGACCACUCUAUAAUCUUGGAUUCCUUUGAAGAAAGGAGUACUAAGGUUCUUUUUGACUUUAUCAAAAGGAUAUUAGCGAUUGUUAGAAAAGAAAAAUCAGCUUUCACUAUUUACUUUCACAAUUUAUCUAGAUUCGAUGGUAUUUUCUUGCUUAAGCACCUAGCAUGUCAUCAUAAGAGCUACAAGCUCAAACCACUGGUUAGGAACCAUAGGCUUUACGAGAUAGCUGUCUAUUCUGGUAAGAAGAAGUUAUUCUGCUUCAGAGACUCCUUGAAUCUUCUACCAGGCAAACUGAGCGACCUAGCUAAUAAUCUAUGCCCGGAUCUAGGCCAGAAAGGCUCAAUCCCAUAUGAUGAGGUGAAACUGUCAAAUCUGGUCAGUAUGAAAAAAAGCUUGUUAGACUAUAUGAAGCAGGACAUCCUUCUCCUUGGAGGUAGAAUGCAAAAAGCUCAAGAGAUUUAUUGGAAGCUGUAUAACGUGGACAUAGAAAGCAAGAUUACACUUUCCUCAUUGGCUCUAAGCAUCUAUCGUCUGAAAUACUACGACUCAAAGAAUUGGCCUAUCCACAUCCCAAAUAAGAAUGAAGACUCCUUUAUAAGGCGGGGAUACUAUGGUGGUCAUACAGAUACAUACAAGCCAUAUGGCGAGGACCUAUACUACUACGAUGUGAACUCUCUCUAUCCCUUUGUAAUGAAGGAAUUCCCAAUGCCUGGUGGUGAUCCAGUCUGGCAUGGAAAUCUGGUUGGUAAGGACUUAGAUGAUAGCUUGUUUGGCUUUAUUGAGGCAUAUGUGGUAUGUCCGAAGACUCUAAAGAGGCCAUUUCUACCCUAUCGAGACAAGAAUCAGACUCUUCUCUUUCCAACCGGGGAAUUUGUUGGAGUCUACUAUAGUGAGGAGUUAAAGUAUGCAAAAAGCUUAGGCUACACUGUGAUCCCAAUCUCAGGAUACCUCUAUGAGAGAAUGGAAAGCCCAUUCAAGGACUUUGUUAGCACACUCUUUGAGAGUAGGUUAGAGGCAAGGAAAGAAGGUAAUGAUGCCUUGGCCUUUGUGUACAAGAUCCUUAUGAAUUCGCUAUACGGUAGAUUUGGUAUUAACCCAAAAUGCACGGUCACCGAUGUCUGCGAUGAAAAUCGAUUCAAACAUUUGAUCAGGAAGAGUUAGUUAAUAUCCUUUUAUAUGCUUAGCGAGAACAACUACAUCGUUUCCUACCAUAGCAAUACCGAGACGGACUCAGAUUAUUGGAACCCACCGAAGAAUUCAGCUGUACAACUAGCAGCUGCGAUAACUGCCUCCGCUAGGAUCUAUAUGUUCCCCUAUAUCUCAAGAGAAGACAGCUACUACACAGACACUGACUCAGUUGUGCUUGGUCAGCCACUACCUGAAGAAGUUCUUUCUUCAUCUGUCUUAGGCAAGUUGAAGCUAGAGGAUAGAAUCAUAAAAGGAUACUUUUUAGCACCGAAAUGCUAUUCUUACAACACAAUAGAUGGAAAAGGUGUUAAGGGACCAGCUAAAAACCAGGUCUAUCCAGAAUGGUUUGAGGCACAGUACACUGACCCAGCUCGUACAGAACAGGUACAGGUUUCUUCCAACUUCAAGGUUGAUUGGCACUCUCUUAACAUCAUAAAGAAAGACACAUUGGUCAAAAAAAAUAGGUCUAAAUCUCAGUAA